AUGACGAAGAGCUACAGGAAGGAGGGACUCAUGAUCUACUUGAACGGAACGAGCCCCUUCUUGGGGGUUUACAAAGCAGAACUCGUUGGUGAAGUCCUGAGCUCACCGAGUUUCGCCGAAAAACUUUAUCCAUACAAUUACCUGGAGGGAUGGCUUGGAAAGGGCUUGAUCACAAGCAAAGGAUCCCUGUGGAAGAAGCAUCGACGACUGCUGACGCCCUCGUUCCACUUCAAAAUUCUUGGAGAGUUCGAGAGCGCAAUCAGUGAUCAUGUGUCACACCUAAUCGAAACAAUGAAAAAAAAUCCGAGGGAUUUACUCGACGUGGAUUUGUCGAAGUGGGCCAUCGACUGUACCAUUAACGUCCUCUUGGAAAUCGUCAUGGGAGUGGACCACGUCGGACCGAAGGAAAAACAAGAAUAUAUCGACAAUGUGGGCUUAAGGCUCUACAAGCCUUGGAAUUUGAUCGACGCUUGCUAUGACCUCACCCCAGACGGCAAGACCUAUAAGCGUGCCGUGGCGAAGUCUCGCGCUUUUACCGUCAAGGCUAUCGAGCGGAAAAUUCAGGAACUGAAGGAGCACUCAGAGCGUCCGGAAGGGCGUCCGAGCCGGAAAAUCGCGUUUCUUGACUUGCUGGUCGGACUCUACUUGGAUGGAGAGCAGCUAUCCAUCGAAGAGAUGAUUGAUGAAGUCGAAACAUUCAUAUUUGCCGAGACUCGAUUAAGGAAUACAUAUCCUAUGUCUCAGGGCCAUGACACCACAGGAAGGGCGAUCGCUUGGGCUCUAUUCCAACUGGGCCACCUCCCCAAUAUCCAGAAGCAACUCCGCGAAGAGUUUGUUUCCAUUCUCGGCACAAACUCGGCCUGCGUUGGUGCUAACGAGAAACUGAAGGAGCUCAAAUACUUCGACAGAGUCCUGAAAGAGUGCAUGAGACUCUACCCAUCCGUUCCCGGAUUCUGUCGUGAACUUCGCGUAGUUCUGGUGAAUAUCUUGCGGAACUUCGAAAUACGCAGCAAAGCUCCCCUGGAGGGCAUCGAGAUGGCCGAAGAAAUCGUAUUGCGUCCGAAGCGGGCCCUGGCCGUGGACUUCAUCCGCUUGGAGUAG